GAAUCAGGCUUCUCAAAAGAAGCAGUGUAGAGUGAAGAAGUGUGCAGAGGCCCCUGUUUUAUGGUAAGAAUUCCAUUUUAACAUCACUAAAGGUUUUAUUUGUUCAUCAUGUGACAGUUUUUUCUCCAGUCAGAGUGAAACUUGAAGCUUUAUUGAGGUCCAAGUUUAUCUUUGUGAUUCAUCCUCAGCCUGUGAUGUGUGUUUGUUUGCCCUGAGCUGCGACUUCAGGCACGCUUCCUCUUCAGAUUUGCAGCUUUAUGGAAACGUACUGGUAUAACUAAAGCUUACGCAAAAUGUUAUGUCUUUAUUUUUAACACCUAUGGUUACUAGUUAUGGCUUUAUAAUGCUUCCAAAUCAGAGCAGAGGCACUGACUGCCUGCAAGGAAAAAGCCCAGGGAGCGUUACGUUUAUUCUACCUUUGUCACACGCCGAGGUGUGACUCACGCCUGGGCGUGACAGUGGGAUUUGUGCACUUCUUUCAAUAGUGGAUUUUCUCAGUGAACUUGGAGCGUUACUGUCACCAUGAAAAGGUACUGUAAAAUCUUAUUUUCUCUCUUUAAAAGGCAUUUAGGUCAGAACAAGUGAAGUGCGGCAUCUCCUGACCCUGUUGGAGACAGUACAGCCAAAAAACUCGACACAAAUUCUUUGCUUCGAUGCUUCGUUUAACACACAGCUCUGUAGCGCGCCGUUGCCUACAUUUGCGACUAAAAACACUCUGGAGCCAGAGUCUUCCUCCACUUCCGCUUGUUUUACACAAAUCUGCAGUAAGCCUCCAGAAGUUCUACUAAAAUAUGCAGAAAAAGAACUGGAAAGAACUACAAAAAUAGAUUUCAAUAAGGCAUGUACAUAAAAUUAAAGGGUUUAGUUGUUAUUGUUGUUGUUAGAGAUUUUAAAUAUUGCAAUUUUAAAAUGGAAAUGAGCAGUUGAUAUUGAAAGACCUGUGUUUUUUUCCCUUUUGUUUAUUUAAUAUUGCUCAUUAAUAAGACAAAAGUCAUUCUUAUCUGAUUACUCAAUUAAUCGAUAGAAUAAUCUAUAGCUGCAGCCCUGGACAUUAGUACAAGAAUUAUAAGUAAAAAGCAUUUAAAAACAUCACAUGUAUAAGCAGCCUGUCACAAACGUUAAUCCAAAUUACUUUUUACAGCAUAAACAGUUUGUAACACAAACUUUCGAUUUGUAUAAAUCGUACAUAUCAUAAAUGCGACAAUACUAAGGUAAUUAUUAAUGAGCUUGUGUUCACUUUGAUGUACCUCAGUCAAGACAAGGUGCCCCACAAGACAAAGUAUCCUUAAUACAAACUCUUCAGGCUUAAUUUCACAUUUAGUUGUAAUUAGUUUUGGGGAGUAAUAAUAAAGUAAAACACAUUUUUGCUACUCAGUAUUUCUAAUAUAGAUAGAAACACUUUGGUGUAGAAUAAAUAGUCAUGAGGAACUAGUAAGUGUUGUAAAACUUAUGGACACUUUGAGUGGCCAGUAGCACUACAUAAGUGUGAAUAUAUUAAGAGCUUAACACCGAGCAAAAAAAUAAUCUAACAAUAAAUUAGAAUCCAUUUAUUGUGAGCUAACUAAGAUUAAACUAACUAAAAUUAAAAUAGAGAUCAAACGAGGGGGUGGGGGUCAUCAUUCAUAAAAAGUAAUCUGUGCUGCCAUUUCAGUGAGUGUGGAAAACAUAUGUGCAAGUCCAAUAUAUGCAGGGUCUUAAUAAUAAACUAAUAAUAAACAACAAACUCCAUGUUCUGUUUCUCCUUUACAGGCAUCAAAGAAAAUACUGAUGAUUUGAUGGAUAAGAAUUGAAAAGAUAUGAGCUCCACCAUGGAUCUUGUAGAAGGGAAAAAUGAUGCGAUCCUUCCCUCUAAAAACACUACACCGGGGGAACUUUGUGGGCCCACUGAAGCUCAGAGCCAGGAGCAGCAGCAGACUAGAUCAACUGCACCAAGCUCUGUUUCGAUCAAGAGCAAUCAUUCAAAGGAGUCACCUCUUGCUUUUAACAGACAACAAUCUUCUGGAAAAGAGACUGGGGAGGUGAGGCCUGGUUGUCCUGUAUCCACCUGUGAUUCGGUCAUGAGUGACCACUCCAAGGAGCCACCUCUUGCUUUUAACAGAAAGCAGGCUUCUGGCACAGAACUGUAUCAGGACAUCUCAGAGGUUCAUAGUGCUUCAUGUGUGGAGGACCAUCAAACAGACAUAGACUCAAUAUUUAAGUUGCUUGAGGAGAGUAUUUUCACUUUUGUGAAAGACGAGUUGAAGCGAAUGCAAAGGCUUUUAAAAUCAAAGUGUUCAGAUGGAGAAAUGGACACCGAUAUGAAUGAGGGCAUGAGGAGCAGCAGAGAGGCAUUUCAAAACAUCGCACUGCACUUCCUGAGAAGAAUAAACCACGAGAACCUGGCUGAUUCUCUGCAGAGCAAAUCCCCUGCAGUAUGUCAGCGUAAACUUAAAUGUAGUUUAAAAAGGAAGUUCCAGUGCUUGUUUGAGGGGACAGCUAAAACGCAAAACCCAACUUUUUUGAAUGACAUCUACACAGAGCUCUACAUAACAGAAGAAGGGACAGGAGAGGUCAGCAAUGAACACGAGGUCAGACAGAUUGAAACCGCUGUGAGGAAACCGGCCAGACCAGAAAGAACGAUCACAUGUGAGGACAUCUUUAAAGCCUCAUCAGGUAAAGAUCAGGCAUGUAGAACAGUGCUGACAAAGGGAGUGGCUGGCAUUGGGAAAACAGUCUUGACACAGAAGUUCACUCUGGACUGGGCUGAGGACAAAGCUAACCAGGACAUCCAGUUCACAUUUACAUUCACCUUCAGAGAGCUGAACGUGCUGAAGGGUAGAAAUUUCAGUUUGGUGAAACUUUUUCAUCAUUUCUUUACUGAAGCCAAAGAAGCAGGACUCUGCAGCUUUGAGGAAUUACAGGUUGUGUUGAUCUUUGAUGGCCUGGAUGAGUGUCGACUUCCUCUGGACUUCCAAAACAAUAAGAUCCUGACUGAUGCUCGACAGCCCACUUCAGUGGAUGUUCUGCUGACAAACCUCAUCUGUGGGAACCUGCUUCCUUCUGCUCGGCUAUGGAUAACCACACGACCUGCAGCAGCCAAUCAGAUUCCACCUGGAUAUGUUGACAUGGUGACAGAGGUCAGAGGGUUCACUGACCUACAGAAGGAGGAGUACUUCAGAAAGAAAUUUGGAGAAGAGGAGCAAGCCAACAGGAUCAUCUCUCACAUAAAGACUUCGCGAAGCCUGUACAUCAUGUGCCACAUCCCUGUAUUCUGCUGGAUCACUGCUACAGUUCUGGAGGAUGUGCUGAAAACCAGAGCAGGAGGAGAGCUGCCCAAGACCUUGACUGAGAUGUACAUCUACUUCCUGGUCGUUCAAGCAAAACUGUGGAGCAUCAAGUAUUGCAUUGGAGCUGAGGCGGAUCCACACUGGAAUCCAGGGAGCAGGGAAAUGGUUUUGUCAUUGGGAAAGCUAGCAUAUGAGCAGCUGCAGAAAGGUCACCUGAUUUUCUAUGAAUCAGACCUGACAGAAUCUGGCAUUGAUCUCAGAGUGGCCUCAGUGUACUCAGGAUUGUUCACACAGAUCUUUAAAGAGGAGAGGGGGCUACACCAGGAGAAAGUGUUUUGCUUUGUCCAUCUCAGCAUUCAGGAGUUUCUAGCUGCUCUUUAUGUCUUUCUGACUCUGACAAACUUUGGCGUGAAUCUGUUUCAGUCUGAAACUUGGUGGUCAAAUUUAUUCAGGGACAAAUCUAAGCUAUCAUACCUUUUCCAAAGUGUUGUGGACAUGGCUGUACAGAGUCCCAAUGGACACCUGGACUUGUUUCUCCGCUUCCUCCUGGGUCUUUCCCUGCCAACAAAUCUCACACUUCUUGGUGGGUUGGUGACACAGAAAGGAAAUAUCUCUCUUGCCAAGCAGGAAACAAUUGAGUAUAUAAAGAGUGUGAUCAGGAGGAGUUUGUCACCAGAGAGAAGCAUUAACCUGUUCCACUGUCUGAAUGAGCUGAAUGACCAUUCUCUGGUUGAGGAGAUCCAACAGUACCUGAAUUCAGGAACCCUUUCCCCAGAUAAACUGUCUCCUGCUCAGUGGUCAACUCUGGUCUUCAUCUUACUGUCAUCAGAAGAAGACCUGGACAUGUUCGACCUGAAGAAAUACUCUGCUUCUGAUGAAGGUCUUCUGAGGCUGCUGCCUGUGGUCAAAGCCUCCAACAAAUCUCUGUUGAGUGGCUGUAAUCUGACAGAGAGAUGCUGUGAAGGGUUAUCAUCAGCUUUAUGCACAAAGGCGUCUAGUCUGAGAGUGCUGGACUUGAGUGACAAUGACCUGCAGAGCUCAGGAGUAAAACUGCUCUGUGAGGGACUUGGAAGUCCACACUGUCAACUCCAAACUCUAAGGUUAACUCAAACCAACCUCACAGAGCAAUGCUGCAAUGACAUCUCAACAAUUCUUAGCUCCCAGUCUUCAAGUCUGAGAGAUCUGGACCUCAGUAACAAUGAUCUGCAGGAUUCCGGAGUGACAUUUUUGUCUGCAGGACUGCAUAGUCCGUACUGCAUCCUGAAAACUCUCAGCCUGAGUGGCUGCAGGUUAUCAGAAAGAACUUGUGACGUUCUGAUGUCAAAGUCUACCAGUCUAAGAGAGCUGGACUUAAGUAAGAACCACCUGUGGGAUUCAGGCAUCAAGCUUUUGUCUACUGGGCUGACAAGUCCACACUGUAGACUGGAAACUCUGAGGUUGAAUCACACAAAUCUCACAGAGAAAUGUGGUCAAGAUAUCUCACUGGUCCUCAGCUCUGACUCUUGCAGUCUGAGACACCUGGAUUUGAGUAACAAUGACCUACGAGAUUCAGGAGUAAAACUGCUUUCUACUGGACUGAGGAGCCCACACUGUAGACUACAAACGUUUGGAUUGUCAGGUUGUUUGAUCACGGCAGAUGGCUGUACGUCUUUGGCGUCAGCUCUGAGGUCCAACCCCUCCUAUCUGAAAGAACUCGACCUCAGUUAUAACCAUCCAGAUGAGUCGGGAGUAAAGCUACUAUCUGUGGGACUGAAGGAUCCAAACUGGAGACUGGACUCCCUCAGCGAGGACCACAGUGGUCUUCAGAGGCUGAAAUCUGGUCUGAGGAAGUAUGCAUGUGAACUAACACUGGACCCAAACACAGCCCACAAAAAUGUUGUCCUGUUUGAGAACAACAGAAAAGUAAGACUGUCACCAGAGAAGCAGCCAUAUCCUGAACACCCGGACAGAUUCGACUGGUGCUACCAACUGCUCUGUACAACGGGUCUGACAGGCCGCUGUUACUGGGAGGUGGAGUGGAAAGGAGGGGUUGAUAUUGGAGCGACUUACAAAAGCGUCAGACGGAGGGGAGCUCUAGAUGGCAGCAGGCUUGGAUGGAAUGAGAAAUCGUGGAAUUUAGAGUUCAAUGAUAAAAACAUCUACGCCUGGCACAAUAAUAUGAAAACAGUUCUCCUUGCUCCUCUGUCCUCUGCCUCUGAAAGACUGGGAGUAUAUUUGGACUGGACUGAGGGCACUCUGGCUUUCUACGCAGUCUUGCCGGAUUCACAGAUUCACCUGUACACCUUUUUCUGUGGUGCCUUCACUGAACCACUUUACCCUGGGUUUGGGUUCUUAUCAAUAGACUCUUCUGUGUCACUGUUAGAAAUAUAAUCUAUCCAAAAAAGGCUAAUUUUUCCUGGUGAAAUAGCCGUAGGUUUCAGUAAUGCAGCAAAAAAAAAAAAA